GGUCAGGAGUAUCUGAUGGCUUGCUUGACGUGGAAACUUUCCUUUAGAUUUAUUGCAUUUAAAAUCUGCCUUAUUUUUUUUCUCCAGAAUCCUCUUCAGGUGUUGGUCAACGCCAUCAUCAACAGUGGACCUCGUGAGGACUCCACCCGUAUCGGACGUGCCGGUACCGUCAGGAGGCAGGCUGUAGAUGUGUCACCCCUCCGCAGAGUCAACCAGGCCAUCUGGCUGUUGUGCACAGGAGCAAGAGAAGCUGCUUUCAGGAACAUCAAGACCAUUGCAGAGUGUCUGGCUGAUGAGCUGAUCAAUGCAGCUAAGGGUUCUUCUAACUCUUACGCCAUCAAGAAGAAGGACGAGUUGGAGAGAGUUGCCAAGUCCAACCGUUAAACAUGUUCGCUUUCUGACAAAACAAAUAAAUUUGGAGAAAUUCAGA